CGUUCAACAUUACUGUCACCGUCUUCUGCUACUUUAUCUACUUCUUUGUUCUCAGUAGCAGAUCAUAAUUGAUCGAAAAUGCAUUCGACGCACUUGCUCCUCGAAGAGCCCAUAAGGAUGGCUACCAUCCUUGAGCCAUCCAGGACUAGUUUCUUUCCUGCAAUGACAAAAAUCGUCGGCACACUUGGCUCGAAAUCGAGAUCCGUCGAGGUUAUUUCUGGCUGUCUCAAGGCAGGGAUGUCUGUGGCACGUUUUGAUUUUUCCUUGAACGACUGCGACUAUCACCAAGAGACUCUAGAAAAUUUGAAGAUCGCUGUCAAAAGCACUAAGAAGCUCUGCGCUGUUAUGCUGGACACAGUGGGCCCAGAAUUGCAGGUUGUAAAUAAAAGCGAACAUUCCAUUUUACUUCAGGAAAAUGCGUAUGUUGUUCUAACACCAGAUCAAGAUAAGGAAGCCACUUCAGAGUUAUUGCCAAUCAAUUUUUCUGGAUUGUCAAAGGUAAGCAAUGAUAUUCAUGAACAUGCUAUUUUUAGUUUUUGUUGGUUUUUGGGCUUUGAAGGUGUUUUAUCAAUAUUUGUAUGUUCACACAGUGCAAAUUUCAUAGAGAAUCAAGGAUGGGAAAAUAUUAAGUUAAUCACCAAAUUCUGUCAGUUGUCCUAUUCUUUCAUAGUUUUCUUGUUGUUGUGA